AUGGAUGUGAAGAAUGCAUUUCUUCACGGUGAUUUGGCAGAGGAUAUUUUUAUGAAACGCCCUCCAGGCUUGUUUUCUUCCCCUCAAGGCGUGGGCAAACUCAAGCGUUCUUUAUAUGGCUUGCGGCAAGCUCCUCGGGCAUGGUUUGAGAAAUUUCGGUCUACCCUUCUAGGAUUCUCUUUUACGCAAAAUCAAUAUGAUUCCUCCUUAUUCAUUCAUCACACGUCCGGUGGUAUUGUUCUUCUUCUCAUUUAUGUUGACGACAUGAUCAUUACUGACUCUGAUCUAGCAUCCACACAACUACUUAAACAGCAGCUUCAAGCCUCCUUUCACAUGAAGGAUCUUGGAUAUCUUCACUAUUUCUUGGGGCUAGAGGUUCAUUCUAACUCCAAAGGUAUUUUUCUCAAUCAGCACAAGUAUACUGAGGACUUAGUUUCUUUGGCUGGUCUUCAGUCUGUUGUCCCUGUAGAUACUCCUCUUGAAGUUAAUGUCAAAUAUCAUCGUUAUGAGGGUGAUCUUUUGCCUGAUCCUUUAUUAUAUCUUCAAUUGGUGGGAAGUCUUAACUAUUUGACUAUUACACGUAUGGAUAUUUCCUUUGCAGUGCAACAAGUUAGUCAAUUCAUGCACACUCCUCGCCAUCUUCACUUGGCUGUUGUUCGCCGCAUCAUUCUCUAUUUAAAAGGAACUUCUCAUCGAGGAUUAUUUUUUCCGGCCAAUACAUCUCUUACUUUGCUUUCCUAUAGUGAUGCCGAUUGGGCAGGAUGUGCUGAUACACAAAGGUCGGUGUCCAGUUGGUGCAUUUUCUUAGGUCCUGCCUUAAUAUCUUGGAAGAGCAAAAAGCAAGCCCGGGUUUCCAAGUCAUCCACUGAAUCUGAAUAUCGAGCUAUGUCCACUGCUUGCUCUGAAAUAACUUGGCUUCGUGGUUUAAUGGCUGAGGUCAUCAAUGGAGUUCCUUUUAUUGACUUUGAAAAUUUCAAUUUGAAGAUUAAUGUUAAAUUUCACUUUAUCAAGUAA